AUGUUAGUGAAGGAGUUCCGGGAAUACGUACAUUCGCGAUGUAAAUCUUCGUGCGAUUAUGCGCAUAAAUUUCGUCCCCCCGAACCACGCGAGGCGAAGGUGAGCGGACGAAGAUGCUGGUUGCCCAAUUCAAUUGUGCGCGCGACUGUCACCCGCGCCGCUGGGGUUGACGUUCAAGUGCACGGGCCGCGGCGGGCAUUACUUUGCGCGUGCACCGCGCGAGGCGUCAUUGUGCGGGUCGACAUGGCGCCGCGCGCAUGCCUUCUGCUGCUGUUGGUCGGCGCGAGCGCAGCCCGCGAGUGCAUCGAACUCACCCUCCCCGAGGGCGUAACUGACGGGAUAUUCAACGGGACGGUGCUGAGCUUCGCCGCGAGGAAUGGGAGCCGCGAAGUCGCCCAGACGGACGUGCUGGGCCUCUGGGACAGGUUCCCGAAGGUCGUGGUCCCGGUGAACGGCGCGAGCGAGCAAUGCCGGUGGGACAGCAGCCGCUACCUCGACGCCCUGCAGCGGCUGGAGCUGUGGGCCCUGAAAAUGUUUGACGCCACGGCUAAACCACCGUCGGGCAUACUCAGCGGUAACGGCAACCAGUACGGCGACUUUGACGAAUGUUUGGACAUUGACGGCGCGGUGCGCGGCAAAUACUGCUUGGCUUCGCUGCAAGUCACCGUCGAGGGCGACAGGAACCUCGAACACCUGGACAAUUUGAUACACAGCGGGCACUAUUUGAAAAGCAACGUUACUGACAAUUCUAUCGAUAUUAAACUAAGAAACGAGCAAAAAAAAGAAGAAAAAAAAAAGGAAAUAGAAACAGAAAAAGAGAAAAUGACCGGAAACGAAGAAGGAAUAGAAAAGGAGCAAGAGUCAGACAGAGAUGAAGAGCUUGAAAGGGACGAAGAGACCAAUAGAGAGGAAGAAAUCGAAAGGAAUGAAGAGACCAAUAGAGAGGAAGAGACCGAUUGGAUGGAAGAGGCUGAGAGGGAAGAAGGGACCGUGAGGGAGAAAGAGCCCGAGAUGGAGGAAGAGACUGAAAGGGAGGAAGGGACCGAGAGGGAGGAAGACCCCGAGAGGGAGGAAGAGACCGAAAGGGCAGAAGAAUUUGAGAGGGAAGAUGAGGUCAGAGGGAAGAAG